CUUCAAGCAAGAGGAAUACCAAGGAACAAGUCAGAGGGAGUAAACGAUGGCAUUUGUGACUGUUUGGAGCUGCGUGUCCCUGUCCAUAAUACUCACAUUCCUUGUGCGCUCGGCACGUUGCCAGGCAGUGCAGGCAGAGAAUGUGAGGGCGGGACAGCCCAGAUCUCCUGUCGCCUGCAGAACUACGACGGCUCCAUCGUGGUGAUCCAGAACCCGCGCAGGCAGACGCUCUUCUUCAACGGGACACGAGGUGUGUGUGACGACCGCUUCCAGAUGGUUUCUCUCACGCCGCGCCUCGUCCGCAUCACCCUCACCAACGUGAGCGUCUGGGACGAGGGGGGCUACUUCUGCCAGCUCUACACCGACGACACCCACCACCAGGUGGCCACCUUGUCGGUGUCGGUGCCCCCGGAGACCCCCAGCGUGGAGGUGAAGACGGAGGCUGUCGAGGGGGGCGACGUGGAGCUCACUUGCGUGACUCCGCGCAGCAAGCCCCCCGCUACUCUGCGCUGGAAGGACCGCCGCGAAAUACCAGGGGUGGUGUCCCAGCAGGACAACGGGAAGACGGUGAGCGUGUCCAACACCAUCCGCAUCCCCGUGGAGAGAAAAGACAACGGCGCGGCGCUGACCUGCGAGGUCAAGAAGACCCGCCACUACCGCCUGGAUGUUCACUUUGCCCCGACGGUGAGAAUCGUGCCACCACCUGGAAUCCUGCGAGAGGGCGACUCUCUCACCCUUACCUGCUCCAUCAGUGGCAACCCACUGCCCAGAAACAUCCAGUGGUCAAGGAUCAAUGAAACCUUACCGGAGAGGGCGGAGCUCUCCGGCCCCACCUUACAGAUCUCCCGUCUCAGCCAAUCACACAACGGCACCUACAUGUGCCAGGCCCAGAACAAUUACGGCCGCGCCGCCGACCACUACACGCUCCUGGUCUAUGAAAAUGUGUCUGUCACUACCAUGGCCUCUCCCAUCUCCCAUCCUGACACCUCCCACCCUCUCACCCUCCUCCCGACCCCCAGCUACGCCCCGGACCCCAGAGAUCCUGGUGCUGUGGUAGAGACCCACAGUGCGGUCCCGUACGCGGUGAUCGGGGGCAUUCUGGCUCUGUUGGUCUUCACUGUCAUCUGUGUGCUCAUCAUCACAAUCUGGUGCUCCGUCCGGCAGAAAGGUUCGUAUCUGACCCACGAGGCCAGUGGGUUGGAUGAGCACGGCGAGGUCCAGGAGGCCUUCCUCAACGGCAACGACGCCAGCCAAGGCAAGAAGGAAUACCUACUGUAGCCAUGCCAACAACCCCACCACCACACCCCCCCCCCCCACCACGAGCCAGGCGGGGCGGCCUUCUGAAUCGACUGUACAGAAAUCAUAUCUACCGCACACCGCCACAACGAGGAACCACCCCGCUCCACUCCGACCACACACACACAGACAAACACACACACACACACAGACACACACACGGCCACACACACGGCCACACACAUUGACAAAAUAGAUAGGGAGAGCGACUGUAGACCAACAAGCCAUUAUCGACUGGUGCCAUUUACUGUAAUGUGGGUCUGAGUUGAAAAGAGAGGGGGUGGGGGGGGGGGUGAAGGAGUAGAGAGGGGCAGGGGGAGCGAGCGAAAGGAGAAGACGGCCAGUAAUAAUACGGUUAUUAUUUUGAUGGAGCAGGGAGUGCUUACAUAAAGAGAAAGAGGGGGAGCAUUCUGCACGGAGGCAAGCAGGGAGAGACAGGUAUACCUCGACUGCCAUAAACACUGUGCCUGGAAGAACGGCAUCCAUGACGCUCAAUCUUAAACUGCCGCGUACAGUGAGAGAGGGGGGGAGGAUGGAGGAGAGAGAGGGGGUGGGAAGGAGAGGGAGGAUGAUAGUAGCCAGAAGCAAUUGAGCUGUUUGACACUGGCAAAUUGAAAUGCUUCAAAUUGCCAAAGUAUCUCGCCCGUGGAGAGCAACUCACACACACUCCCUUUGACAGCAUUGCCCAGUGUGAACCUUAAGUCUCUUAAAAGUUUUUCUAACAAGCCCUCCAGUUCUCUACUCAACCCAGAUAACCUGUUUGCAGGCCUCUUUCUGAAGACUGCCUAUAUGUAAGUAGAUAACUAGAAAAGAUGCGUCUUUUUUUCUUCUUUUUUUUUUACCACAACUAGGAAACCGUUGGUUUGCUUCUCAUUCCCUCCCUCACUCUUCCUUUCGCUCUUUCUCUUUGUUCCUCUUUAUCUCUCCGCCGUUGUAGGGCUUUAAUAAUGAGGGGAUUAGCAGGGGUGUUUUUUUCCCGAGUCCGAAGAAAGAGAAGAAAAAGGGAACAGACACGGCAGAAAAGCUUAAUUAUUUAAAAAUGUCAUUAAGGGGAUGAAAAGGUUGAAAUGUCUUUGAGAAUUUAAAAGAGUACCUGAUGAAUAAGACAAAAGAAAUACAAUGGAUAUUUUUCUGAAUGAUACAACACAGAUACACACCCAGACACGCGCACACAAACGUUGACACAAGUACAUAUUUCCAAAUUCCUUAUUUGUAUAAAAAAAAAGAUGACAGCGACAUAAAUUAAAUACAACUUUUAAGAAAUGUUUACUAUUGAAAUCAUUACAAAGCUACAGAACUACUGUAUACUAACACAAAAUAUUAGCCUAGAGGUGCAAAACCGAACAAACUAUUGUCCAGUGAUCUUUAAAGAAAACUAGAAAACAAGAAAAAAAAAACAACGUUUCAUUUGUCUUUAUGAAAUAUGAGGUCUUAUUGAUUUUUUAAAAUUAAUUAUUAUUGUUUGAGCAAUUUUGAUUGUUGUUACUGUUAUUAUUACUGUUAUUAUUAUUGUAAAUGUUACAGAAACUGUACACUUCCCAUGUUUGUUGAUUUCGUUAGUCUGUAGAAAUUGAUGUCCACUCUUGCUCUGUCUUUUCCCGCUCUUUCUAUAUUUGUCUCCUGUGCCUAUCUGUCUCUACUUCUCUGUCGCUCACUCGUGUUUAUUUUAUAGUCCAUGUGUCACUGUUGAUAUAUAGCUAACUAUUUCUUUAUAGGGGAAAGAUACAAAGCACGAAAAAAUAAAGAAUUCAAAAAUAAC